UCCAAGCAGCGGAGCGCGGGGCAGGACGUUUUCAGAGGAAACACCCGCAAGAGCUGAGGGUGAGCUCAAGGAGAGAGUCACAGAGGAUGCUGCAGCUGACGCGCGGGACUCUUCACUGCUCUUCGCGCUAUAGGCCACCUACUGUGAAGUCCAUCCGGUUCGUCUCAGAGAUCUCCGCGGUCCCCCUUGUUCUCCUGCGUGGGUUUGUCCUUGCUGCAUGCCGGGAUGCCCACCGCACCUCUCCUCGCGCUCUUCUCCGUUUUGCUGGGUGUGCUGACGACAUGUGCCCAGACAGAGAUGAAGAGGGUCGUUGGAGACAACGCCACACUACCCUGCCACCAUCAGUUCUGGGCGGGGGAUGACCCCACUCUGGAUAUUGAGUGGCUGUUUCUCAAACCAACCAAUAGGCAGAGGGUGGUGAUCACCUACUUUGCUGGGCGGGUUUUUGACCCAAAUGAAGCGGAGCGUGGUCGUGUCGCCUUUGCUGGAGAGUACUUAAAAGGGGAUGCGUCCUUGCUGAUCAGUGACUUGUCUUUGACUGACUCAGGAGAGUACAGCUGCAAAGUUAAGAAUGGUGCACAAUACCACUGGAGCACCAUCAGCCUCAUUGUCCUGGUUAAGCCGUCCAAGCCGCGAUGUUGGAUGGAGGGGAAACUGUUGGAGGGCGGCGAUGUUAGGAUGAGCUGCAAGUCUGCUGAUGGCUCUGACCCCGUCCUCUAUAAAUGGGAGAGGCUCAUGGACAAGGGCAAGUAUGUUGGCAAGCUGCCUCCACUGGCACUCUUAGAUCUUAAGAACCCGGAGAUUGUAACGUUGAGGAAUUUGACCAAAGACAGCACAGGAGUCUAUAAGUGCACAGCCAGCAAUGAUGUUGGCGAGGAGAGCUGCACGCUGGAGGUCAAGAUGCACUAUGUCAGGGGAAUGGGUGUGGUUGCAGGAGCAGUUGUUGGUGUCUCCUUUGGAGUCCUCCUCAUAAUCCUAAUCAUCUGGUUGGUGUUCCGCAAAAAGGAAAUGAAGAAAUAUGAAGAGGAGGAGACCCCAAAUGAAAUCAGGGAGGAUGCUGAGGCUCCUAAAGCCAAACUGAUGAAGCCCAAUUCCCUCUCCUCAUCCCGCUCAGGCAGCUCUCGCUCAGGCACCUCCUCCACCCAGUCCAUGGUGCACAACAUGGGGCCCCGGGGCACAAGACCAUGUAUCCCUGCUGUGGCCACCCUCAAGGAAAACUGCCAAGCCUCCACCUUCCCUCAGACUCCACCUGCCUACCAUCAGACUGUUCCCAAGACUCCUGAACCCCGUUGCACACCCACCCCCACAGCUACUUCCAACUCCAAGCCCAGCACUCCACCUAAACUGGGUCCUGGGAACCUGACCCGUAUGGGGGCUACUCCUGUCAUGAUCCCAGCCCAAACCAAGGCCUUCCAGACUGUGUAGAUAAGAAGGAAUCAUCCAGAAGACAAGGCAGCCUCAGGAAAGUGCCACCAGUUUAAGAUCCAGUUAUAUAAUGGAAAUUCAUUCUCACCGUACACAGGCUGAUGGAGACCUACAGCAGUUUAUGCUAAGUUUACAGGAGCAAACUUCCUCUGCUGUUAUAUAUCGACACACUGUCUCCUGAGCAACAUCUGGACCAAGGUGGUGUUUUAUGGGAAUCAGUGUCGACUAAAGGGAAGCAGAGAUGACUGUGUGAAGCAGGUAGUGGGUGGAGCAGAUGAAGUGGACGGAGUGAGAGGUUAGAGAAGUUCUUUAGGUAAAAAGACGUAUAGCGCACGUCAACAACAGUAUGUUUUUAACAACCUUAGACACUUUCUUCAUACACAUUAAACACCCUGCACCUGAACUGCUGACUGGACUUACACUGUACCAUGUUGGAGUACAUAAAAGGAUGAAUGCCUCUGAUUGUAUAAACAGACUUCUCACACCCAUACACACCUCUUUCACACUGUUACAUGUAUCUCUGCUUCCUCCGUGCCCACGUGUGCUCAUAUGUAGACGAGCCGACUUUUUUUUCUUCAGUAGUUGACUGGAUUCAUUCAGCAAAUGUUAAUUCUGUCCACACCCGAGGAGUCCUGGCUUGGAGAGAAGUCAGAGCAUGACAGACAUUUUUGGAUAUUUGAAUUGCCAGUUGAGGAGUGCUGAUCAUUUUGUAGAUUGUUACAGGGUUUAGAUGAGACCCUACUGAGAAAGUGCCACAUCAUGACGGUUUACAUUGGUUUAGUUUCUUUUUGUCUUCUUAUUAUUCAGUCCACCACUCAAGUAAAGAGAAACUGUAUGAAUGUGAUGCUAAACCAUGUGAUUUUCUUUUCCUCAGCAGUUUGAUAUGACUGAAUUAUUUGUCAACACUUCAGAACUUAAGUAAUGUUCCCUUCGACUUUCUCUGGUCACAUGCAUGCCACACAUACCUGCAUGUGUGAUAAUCACACAAGUACAUUGCUAUUAAAUCUGAAUCAAUUCUCCUUCACAGAGAGCAUUACAUUUACAGUAUGUCUUUGAUGCUCUGAGGGGAUGAAGUCUACACCAGCAACGGCCAUCUGACAGAGAUGCUUUUGCUCUACCAGCACUUCAUAUACAACAGCUUCAUGUGGUCCUACAUGUUAUAACUUGAUGACCUAGGUUCUCCUGUAGUGUCAGAUAUUCACCUGCAGGGCUCCAAUUAGCAAUUAUAGUAACCAAUUGAGUUAGUAAUUAUACAUAUGCAACGUCCUGCUAUAUUCUACAAAUGAAGAAAUCUGGUGGACAAUAAUAAUAAAGAAACUUCAAGGUACCUUUCAAAACAAUGCUGUCAAGAUAGUGAUACCAAAAUAGUAACUCCCACUUUGGCCGGGAAUACACUGUAUGAUUGUAAAAACGUUGUGGUGGAAUGUCGUCUCACACUGUUCGAGCCGAUCGUUUACAACACACAGCCAAAGCUCUCGAUUUAUUUCUUCACACUGGACAGUCAGAUUGUCAACCAUGACCUGAGCUCACACUGAACGUGUAAAAUUAGGGCAGAGCAUUUAUUGUAAAUAAAGUUUUAUUUGAAAACUCCCACAGACAGGAGUUGAAGCCAGAUCGAUGUGUAUUUUAGUUGUGUCAUAUGCGCGACUCAAAUAUAGACACCGCCAAAAACAUUCUCACUGUCUCUCACACACUCAGCGUUAAACACAAGCUAGCUAGCGAGCUAAAUCAUAGCAAAUAUUCCCUGGCAGCUGGAGGUCCGCAUCCUGUUAAAAUCAACAUUUCUCUUGUUUAUAUCUUUAGUGAUAGAAGGGGGAAGAUGCAUCAAACGGGCAUGUCUGCUGUUGCCAUGGAACUUUUAGAUGCUGUCUGCCAUUUUGCAGAGGAGCAAUCCGGAAAAAAGCCCCUGAAGUACGGCUAUUGGAUUCUGCUCUCGCACUGUGUGUGUAUUAAGCAGCAACCUCUGGUGAAAAAUGAAGCCAAUGCAAAAGUCCAAAAAAACUGCAAUUGCUCAAACUUCCACUUAAGGUUGACUGCAAAAAUCCCAGAAGUCAUAUACCCAUUCUAAAAUGCCAAUUUUACAGUAGAAACAAACAUGAUAACAGCCUGGUACAAACGACGAUAGUGCAUUUAUUUUUUGUCACACACUGAAGAUGAGGCAAAACAGCUGAUCUAACUGCAAGCGGGCACGUUGUUGUUGUUUGUAAGCAGGGUUAAGGCCUGCCUCAGCUGUAUCUCUUUGCCUGUUAUUAGGUUGACUGAACGUUAUGUUGAGAUAGUAUUUUCAACAUGGCCAAAUAAUUCCCCUUCAGUAACCAAUGGUUGAUGUCACUGAGACUACAUCCAUGUUUUAUAUUACCUAUGGAGUGUUUGCAGUCAUACAACUAUCAUUUCAAACAUGCCAGAAAUUCAUCCGACUGGUCGACGGGCAUCUGAUCUAACUGUAACCGGCACUCAUACCCCUCUGUACACUGCACACAGUCCAACUUCAAAAUCAGUGGUAUGAAACUUUGGGCCGAAAUGUCGGUGAAUUUAUCAUACAGUGUAUGCCCGGCUUCAGAGUUUAAAAACAAAGUAAUCUAGACUACAAUAAGAAACAAGAAAUAUUAAUCAAGAAUGUUAUAUAAAUAACUUGGAAGUGGACUUAUUGAAGUCAACAAUGACUGAUUGUGUUAUGUCAGUGUUGAACUCCAAGGUCCUGGAUGUCAGUUCUGUGUUUGAAAAAUCUAUCAGCCCUGACCAAAACCCUCAGUGGGCGUUCCCACGCUUCACACUACAUUGCCUGACGUUCUUUCUUGAUCUAAUCAAGAAAAUAAGCAACAAGAUAGAAGCUAGAAAUAAUGUAGUCACACAAAAUGAAGUCAUAUUUUGUGCAGUGUUUAUUUGAAAUGGACGUGUCAUAAUAUUUGUCUGUCUGCUUAACUUCAUUUGAACUUCAGUUGUGACCCGACUCUUUUGAAAUCAGGUUUUCUUUUUCCCACAAAACGUUCUGCAUUUCUUUAUUCAAGAUGAAAGCUUUUUUCUGUCUCCCUGUUGCAAUCCUGCUCAUUGAAUUAUUCUAUUUUGUAUGUCACCCUGACGUGUUUACUUACAGGGAUAUGCUUUUUCAGACACUCCUGAUGAACAGAGCGCACUCUCACAUUACCAUGCCGUCAUUUUCUUGAUUACAAACCACAAACAUGUCGCAAAGUUCACCUCAGAUUCUAAACUCUAGAUUCAUUUAUAAGAAGAACAUAACAGCCAAACAGCUGCUUUUGGUUGGCCAGCAUUUCAGGGGUCAGAAGAAGGAUGGCUUUGAAUUUCUCUCUUUUUCAUUCUUGAAAAAAACAAAUUGCCAAGAUAAGAAAACACCUGACUAAAACAACCUCUGAUUUCCCUACAAUAUCCUGUUAUAAUGAAAGCCAUCAGACAUCCAACUGAAGAGAUGUCAAUGUCUUAUGGUGCACACAUGCAAAACUUCUGAAAACUUAUUCAAGCAAUAUUUCCUGCCAGCCCUCUAAUACAUUUUCUGCAUGAAGUCGGAGAGCUAAAUGCCACGUAAAUAUUGCGGCAAAUUCACUUCAAGCAAACAGAAGGGGCUUGAUGACAUUUUUAUCCCGUGACCAGCGCCCAGCCAUAGACUGUAUGCACGCUUCCGGUGUGAUCUCUGUGCACAUAAUGAAACUGUUCAUUAUGGUUUCUGUUCAGUAUGUUCCAUGCUCUUCAGUUGAUACUGUUAAAAUGUCAAACUUAAAAAGUUGUCAUUAUAUUGUCAAGCUGUUUGCUUUUUCUGGCCCCUCUGCUUCAUUCUUUUGACACCAUGUACCGCCUCUCGAGGCCGCCAUCCGACAGGGAUAGCCUGCUGUGAGGUGCAAGUAUGAACAAGCAGGCCAGGAUGAUUUCAGGAGCAGCCUGUCUGAAUUUUUCUUAAAAUUUUUAAGGAGUGCAUCUGUGAAUAUGGCUUUAUUCAGAAAUAUUUCACUAUUCCACUGUAGAUUGUUGGUAUAAAACAUGUCCAGACAACCAUCACUGAGCCAGUUUUACUGUUUGCCCUUUCUUCUAGCUAACAAGGCAAAUAUCUUGAUUCAUGUCCAUACUAUCUCCAAACACCAUCAUCACAAUGACGGUGCAGCCUGAGGCUCAACCUGCACUCAGAACAAGGUUUAAAGACAUCCAUAGACUCAUAUCCCCAAUAAAGGCUGAGUAUUGAUGAUUGCAUGCAUGUUACAGAUAUUAAACCAUAGGAAGGAUUUUGUCCAUAAUUGCCUCAAAAGUUAUAUUAUAAAGAUAUGAUAUUUAUAUAAAUAAAAUGUAAAGGUCUUAUAAGUCAGACAGUUAAGUCAAAUGUAUGAUAAUUUGGUUUCAUUUUGAUUUCUUAAUGGUAUGCUUUUAAAACAAAGUACUUUGUACUCUCUGUCUCUUCUUUUUGUAAAUAUAAGCUUUUCUUCACUUAAAAAGUAUGGCAACAACAUGGUGCCAAAAUGAACUGUUUUUUUAUUUUUCAUGAUUUUGUGUCAGACUUUAAUUUUGAAGGGAGUUGUGUAUAGCCCUCUGCUUGAGUUAAAGAAAUGUAUAUUUUACAGAAUAUCAAAAACAUGUUUUUAUUUCUUUGUUCAUUUUUAAAAAUAUAAUG